AUGGAAAGAGAAUGGAACAGCCUUGUGGUAUUAAAAGCUACACAGUUACAGCAGACAGAUAAAUCUAAGGUACCGAACAUCGGUUUAUCUCAAAAUCAGGAGAAAAAAUCAGAUAUUUAUACGGCUAGAACUGACGCCUAUGUAGAAGUAAAUGAACAUCCAUUAAAAAAAAUGAUUGAAAGUACGAACUUACUGCUAAAGGACUUAUUGAGCAAAAAUCGUAUAUCAAAAACAGUAUACGGGAAAAUGAAACCAUCUCAAGGCUGUGAGUUACCUCAUUUAUAUUAUAACCCGAAAGACCACAAACCAGGUGCACCAUUGAGACUAAUAGUAGCCCAGAUAGAUUUUGAUCAUUUUGUGCACACGAAAUUUACUCCAUACCUGAUUGUAUCUAUAAUGAUGAUGGUAAAACUGGUGGCUUUUGCAAUACAGGUAUGGAUGACUAAUCCCAUUGUUGGUUUUGAUCAAUUGCCAUCGGAAAUAAUUUUGUACAUAAUGGACUUGUUAAAUCCUCUGAAUGUUAUUCAGUCAUUUUUUGGUGUUAAUAAACGUUUUCAUAAACUAAUUCAGUAUUAUACAUACUCAUUAGAUCUUCGAGAACGAGAUAAUGAUCAAUAUUCAACACAAUUAUUGAUCGUCAUACAUUCAAAAAUUUUAAAUUUAAAAUUGUUUCCUUAUUCCCGUGAACGUUUUGUGGCUGCAUCACCCUCAGAAGUAGUAAAGAAGAAACGUUUAUCUUAUGCUCAUACAAAUGCCAGAAGAAAGUUAAAGAUGCAAAGAACGGAGACAGCUACACGAAAAGAAUAUCUAAUCCAGGAAAAUGAUCAGUCAUUAGAUGAGUUGUUGAAAUUAACAACACACGAAGAAGAAAUGAUACAAGGCAACUCGUACGAUUUAACAAAAUUGAAAGAAAAAUUUGAUUUGACACGUAACAAACGACGCCAUUUAAUGAUGCAGACUGUGACGGUCGAAGAAUCGUUAAAACUGCAUCCGACUUUAAAAAUAACGUCAUUAUUUGUUCGUGAAAUAAAUAGCGUUUGUGAUCCAUAUUAUGAAAGUAUCAUUGAAGCUGUUAAACGUAAUUGUGCUAAAGUAUGUAAUGAGGAACAACCGUUAACUGUAUUGGAAUUUGUUUCAAAACAUUUUGGCGAAUCAAAACGAUACUUAUUAAAUCAGGACAUUAUUCAUCCGUAUCCAUUGAUUCAAAUACAAACAGCUGCAAAUAAUGGGAAAAUUUAUUUACUGAUCGUCCAAAAUAAAGAAGUUAUUCAAACACAAUUCCAAACAGAGAUAAUUGGUGGAUUUAUUGAUUCAUAUGAUGAUUAUAAAGAUUAUCAUAUAUCAAUGAAUGCAUUCUUAUCAACAAGUAAAGAUCGUCGCACAGCUGUUUCAUUUGCAAGGUGUAGUGCAACAAAAAAAGAUAGACAAGCUAUCUUUUUAGAAAUAGAAGUUGAUAUACAUUUAGAUGAAACAGUGCCUUAUGCUGAUAGCCCUGCGGUGACACCGAACUCCGACGGUGACACCGACUCCGACGGAGUUGGAGGCGGUGUCGGAGGUGACGAUCGCAAAAUUUUCGAAGUCGGUGUCAGAGUCGGAGACCGUCGAAUUGAAGUUUUCGGAGUCGGAGUCGGAGCUUAUGGAGAAGAAUUUUUCAGAGUUUAA